CGAGUCUAUUUUCGCGGGAACGCAAGUCCGUUCUCGCCGUUUUAGGUAUUGAGAAAGGGCCAGGGCCUUCAUCUCCUACGCUGAGAAACGAUCCGUGAUGACGUAUAUCUCCAGCGCCAUUUGAGAUGUUGUUAGCAUAAGUUCAUGUUUCCUAGCAUCGCGUUACGUUAAUGGCAUGACUCGGUCGGAACAUAGUACUAGUGAAGGAGAAUGACUCAGAUUGUUCCAGCUAUCCUCUCAGCGAUAAAAACUCUGACGAAACCUCUUGCCGAGGUGUCUGCACAUGAUGCUCAAUCCUCCCACCAAGGGUCUCUAGUGGCAGUGCUGCAGGCCAACAGGGCCUUUCUUCUAGAGCAGCUUCAGAAGGAGAGCAGCUUGGAGGAGGUGAGGAGGCUCAGGGAGGAGGCGAUGGUUGCGGCAGACUGGUUCGGUGGUGACACAGAAGACGCCACAUGGGCUUUUGUCCAGGAGUGCCUCCUUCUACUUCUCACCCUGUCGCGACAACUAUCCGCUGAACUCAAACUUUUCCAGGAGACGGCCAGUCUGUCUGCGGCUAGGCUACGCACCCCUGAGAUGGCACCACUGUUGCCUCCAGAUGUCCUCAGUGUGGCCCAGCAGGAGACCCUGUCUGCAUCUCUUCAGUUUGUGGUUUCUCUAGGCCUCUGCCCAUACUUGGCCCCCGGAGUGGGGGUGUCACUGGGUCGCAGGUCAGCAUUUGGCGUCAUGGUAGACAAACUAGUUCGCUGUGGAAUGGUGCCAGCAGCUGGGUGCCGCCUUUUCAUCACCACCAAAGUUCUGAUGCAGUUGACAGAGCUUUCAUGUCUCGCCACAUUGGUGUUCACGCGGCACCUAGGGGAUGUCAUGGCGGCAUUGAUCCAGCUUUGCUACCAGCCUUGCCGUGCAGAGAGAAGCUGCUCAAAGGAGGAGAUGGUGCACAAGCUCAGUGCUGUAGAGAGUCACACUUGCAAGGAGGCCCUCAGAAGCCUCCUAGGAAAGGUAUACCAGCCAAUGAUCGUCAAGGAGCUGCUGAUCCUCCAAGGUGGACCCAAGCAGGAUAAGUCUGGUGCAGGGAGGAGCUUCAGCAGCGGCGUUGUUUCAAGAUCAGCUCCCACCUGGCUGAAGCAUGUGUGUGGUCGGCUGCUGUCUGAGCGCCUGAUGCAGUCCAACGGUGUCCAGGCUGUAGUCAGAGCCAUCUUGGAGGGAGGAAUAGGAACCGAUGCAGACUGGAGAAAAUGUGACUGCGUGGCCAGAAUACUGGUAACCUGUCCUCAGCAGUCUGCAUCCGCAGACACCUACUACGGACAAGUCUGUCAUCAGAUCCUUGACCUACUGCACUUCAAGGACCAGCUGACAGCCCAGCAGCACCAGCGUGUGGCCACCAGGGCAGUGCUCCUCAUGGUGCAGGAGAAGCCUAACUUUGCCCAGCAGUACCUGCUCACUCCUCUGCUCGGACCGCUCCACCGCUGUUUCACUGCUUCGGACAAGGUUCAUUCCCACGCUGCUGUGGAGGAGUGUGAGCUGACUCGUUGUGUGACUGACGUGUACAAGAUCUGGGUGGUUGGAAACAGUCCAUCAGCUUCUCUUCUUGGAGCUCUGGAAAAAGUUCUCCCUGUUAUCUUCACACUCUUUUGUUUCACCAAGCAGAACGUCUGCCACCUACGCGCCCCCUGUGAGGAGAUCCUGAUGUGGUACUUGAGCCAUGCUGAGACGUCUGCGGCCCAGUCAGCACUUAGACAGCUUUCGGGUCUGCAGAACCCAAAAAACAAGGUAGCGGCAAAGUUCCACUUCACCCCGGGCAGUGAUGGAGGAGCCUGUCUGAGCUCAAGGGAGAUAUCCAGUGAGGAGGACGAUGCUCUGUAUGAGAAGCUGUCAGAAGAGCAGUGGAGGCUGGAAUGUCUUAUGCAGCUAUUGGCUGAACUCAAACACUGUGACUUGCCUGGAGACUUCUUCCUUGAUCUGCUGCAGGAGAUGGCCAGCUGGGAAGCUGCAGCAGUUGGAGAAAAGGAAGAUAACCUAGAGCUUGACAUAUCCACCAUGACACUUGUGGAGGUGGAGCAGCGGCUGCUGGCUCCAUCUGCAAAGCAAAGCCGGAGACUGGCUCUGCUUCAGGUGUUGGCUGUGAUAGUUGAUUGUGUGCAGCAUACUGUGCUGCUAAGAAAAGCCUCACAGGUGGUGGACUUCUUAAUGUCUCUGCUUCAGAGGGCCUGCGUGGGUCUGGAUCAGGCCUCUGGUCCAGGUCUUGGAAGCCCAGUAGAGAGCGAGACGCUGCGCUUCGCGAUUGGCGUUGUGGCUACGCUGCUGUCAGGACCUAAGCUUAGUACAGAAGACUACUCUUCUAUGUGGAGACUGCUCCCACCAUUGGAGUUGCUGUUUCAGAAGCACCCUGAUGUUCUCAUCCAGCAGCUGGCAUCUGACCUCAGAGCUGUCAUUGCCACUCAUGGGGCCUUCCAGCCUGAAACCCUCCCCGCUGUCGCUCCGGGCUCCAUGAAGCCUAAAAUGACAGUGAAGAACACUCAAAUCGAAACUAAUAACCCCCAAACUAGUCCUCAUUCAUCCCCACCAGACAGAAACCUCCCAAGCAAUAGACCUCCAGAGUCCUUUGGAAUGUCUGCAGCGAAAGAAAGUCCAGAAGGCAGGACUUCUGGAACCAGUACCCUUCACCCUCCUACCAAGCCCUUUUCCGAUUGGCUGCUAGAAGCUUGUGACCCGGAUGUGCCAACCAAAGCGUUCGCCCUGAGGGUCUUCACUCAGAUGGUGCAGAGAGGAAACUCGGAGGCUGCCCACAACCAGGAGACGCUCCUGAUGCUUUUCUUAGAAAACCUAGAGCAUGAAGACUCAUUCAUCUACCUGUCAGCCAUUCAAGGUCUGUCUGCAUUGGCUGAUUCAUACCCUGACAGGGUUCUGGAAAGGCUCCUAAAAGACUUUCAGCAUGGACCCUCCCGCACCACAUCCAACAAGGAGCACUCCCUGGAAUUCCGCCUCAAAGUGGGAGAGGUUCUGAUGAGGGCGAGCAGGGCUAUGGGGGAACUGGCGACCCACCUUGGCCAUCCUCUGAUUAGCGUCUUCCUGCAAGGAACCAGGGACCCAGACCAAAGCGUCCGGGCCAGCAGUCUGUCCAACUUGGGGGAGCUCUGUCCAAGACUGGACUAUACCCUGGGAACUCUGGCCCAAGAGCUCUGCUCCUGUCUGACCGCGCUGAUAAAAACUGAGAAAGUGGCAGAGGUGAGGAGAGCUGCCGUCCAUGUUAUCACCCUGCUGCUCCGAGGCCUCAGCGACAAAGCCACCCAGGUUCUCAGUGAUGUGUUGUUGGACAUGUACCGAGCCCUGAAGUGGGUGGUGCGCUCUGACCCAGAUGAUGUUACUAUGCUCCAUGCCCAGCUGGCUCUGGAGGAGAUGGAUGACAUAAUGAGGAGGUUCAUCUUCCCUGAGCAGACACUGCAGAAGAAGAUUAUUGUCCUGCCAUAGGACUUUAUCUCCUUUAUAACCCAUGCACAGUUUGGACAUAGUUUGCUGCACUAGUUCUGCCUCCAUGUGACGUGGACUAUGGACGCACAGAAGCUAAAACGACCGGCAGCUUCCGAAGUUAAAACGUAACCGUUUUCAUGUUCUACUCUCCGACCAACAGUCCAAAUAAAAAAAUGUUAUAAACCG